GAAUCCUUCGCACCAACAUCCCCCGGCCGCCCCUUUGACCGACACGUACUCACCCAUGACGUCGCAGGAUGCUCGAGGACCCCUCGUACAAUUCGGUAGUACGAUGGAAUGCCGAGGGUGAUAGCUUUGUGGUUUUGGAGAACGAAAAAUUCACCAAGACCAUCCUCCCGAAACACUUCAAGCACAGCAACUUCGCCAGCUUCGUCCGCCAAUUAAACAAGUACGACUUCCAUAAAGUCCGGCACAACGAGGAGAGUGGCGAAUCACCCUACGGGCGGGAUGCAUGGGAGUUCCGGCACCCCGAGUUUAGGGCGGACAGGAAAGAUAAUCUGGAUAACAUUCGGAGGAAGGCCCCGGCUCAGAGGAAAGUCGCCCCGCCGGCCGACGAUGCAUUCCCAGCAUCGCAGCAGAUCGUGGUCCUGGGCGAGUCGCUCUCGGCGUCCCAGCAUCAGAUUCAGGCUUUACAACAACAGUACUAUGAACUCGAAAAGACAAAUAAGCUGCUUGUUAGCGAGGUUCUGAGUUUGCAAAAGAUUGCUCGGGCCCAGAGCCAGGCAUCAAACGAGCUGAUCACGCAUCUGAACAAUGUCGAGGACCGCCGACGGAACAGCCGUCACUCGGCCCAGUCUAGCCACUCGACCCAGACAGGCCAGAACUUCCACGCGGGGGCGAUGGGUUUCUUGCCGGAUGGGGCGGACGAGCCGGCACCCGAGUUGCGGCGAGCCAGGGAGAUUCUCAACGGCGUGUCCCCGGACGUCCAAGCGGAUAGGGAACUGGAGAGGCUCUCCAUGGCAUACAACCAAAACGGAUCGCCGGCCGAUUCGGCCGGGUCGUCCUCUGUCAUGUUUGCCCACCCUGGCCCGAGUAUGCCGCUCGUCGACCCCUUAAACGACCCGCGGCACAUGGUGUACCCGGUUGGGCAGACGACGGGCAUUGACCCCUUCCACGCGGACCAUAUUCACAACAUCCCCUACAGCCGGCCCUUGAGCAACCCCAACAUCCAGGCGGAAGCUCCGUCACAAAUGGGCUCAUCGCUGAAAGAACAGCUGGGGACCCUGUGGCGCGGCAAGAAGCCGCAUAUCCUGCUCGUCGAGGAUGAUAAAACGUGCGCUAGGAUAGGGUCCAAGUUCCUAACCAACAUGGACUGCAGCGUCGACACUGCCGCCGACGGUCUCCUCGCCGUCGAGAGCGUCAACCAAGACGCCGAGCGGUUCGAUCUCAUCUUCAUGGACAUUAUCAUGCCCAACCUCGACGGCGUGUCCGCUACAGCCAUGAUUCGAGUUGUCGCCCCGCACGUCCCCAUCGUGGCUAUGACGUCGAACAUCCGACAAGAAGACAUCGCGACCUACUUCCAGUUCGGUAUGAACGACGUCCUCGCGAAACCCUUCACCCGCGAAGGCAUGGUUCGUAUUCUCCGUAAGCACCUUACCCGUAUGCUCAAAGACCCGCAAUCCGGCGGCCUCGUCGGAGGCGACGACCUCGGCCAAACCGGCUCCGGUGGACACGGCGGCCCUCCUCACCCGGGGGGCUACGGCCCCGCCGCGAUGGGGGGUAUGCCCCAGGUCAAGUUCGAGCACACACCGAUCCAGUCGCCCUCUACCGCCUCGUCGUGGCACUCCCCGAGCCAGAUGCACCAGACCUCGCCCAACCUCGACGGCACGACCGGCGGACCCGGCGGCGGAUACAUGGGCGCUGUCGGCGGCGGGCCCGGCGGCAUGGUGCUCACCCCGGGCGGCUCGCAGCGCCCGCCCUCCCAGACACAGCAUCACCCCCACAGCCAGCACCAGCACCAGCACCAGCACCAGCAGGGCGGCUAUGGCGGGUAUAUGACGCCGCAGCAGGCGGCGCAAGCGCAGGCGGCACAGGCACAGGCCCAGGCCCAGGCGAUGCGCGGAAUGGCGGAGAACGCCCGCAUGGCGGGCAUGCAGGUCGCCGGCAGCUCCACCGAGGACCGGCCCGAGAAGCGGCAGCGGUUAUACGGACCCGUGCCGGGGCAGGGCGGCGGCGGCGGGUAUGUGCAAUAAGCGACAGUUUGACCGGUGGUUGUUCCUCCGCAUCGGG